CCUUGCAAGAUACCAUGGGAAUUGUCCUGACAGUUUUAUCUGUCACUGGGGCAACACUGACAACAACUGUUCUGGCUGCUUUUUUCCAUCAUCGUGACACACCCAUCGUGCGGGCUAACAACUCAGAGCUGAGCUUCCUGCUAUUGGUGUCGCUCACCCUCUGCUUCCUGUGCGCACUAGUUUUCAUUGGCCGCCCUGCACCAUGGAACUGCAUGCUACGUCACACCCUGUUUGGAGUGAGCUUUGUGAUCUGCAUCGCCUGCGUCCUUAGUAAGACUGUGGUAGUGCUGGUGGCUUUUCGGGCCACUCUACCUGGAUCUAACCUGAUGCAGUACUUUGGGCCCAUCCAGCAGAGGACAGGCAUUUUCCUUUGCACGAUGGUUCAGAUUGUCAUAUGUUUGCUGUGGCUGCUGAUGGCUCCCCCUCUGCCCACAGAGAGUGCAGGUGAGCUUGGUGCUCGAGUGAUCCUGCAGUGCACAGUGGGAUCUGUAGUGGGGUUUGUACUGGUGCUGGGGUACAUCGGCCUGUUAGCAGUGGUCUGCUUCCUGCUGGCCUUCUUUGCUCGAAAGCUCCCAGACAAUUUCAAUGAGGCUAAAUUCAUUACUUUCAGCAUGCUGAUCUUCUGUGCUGUGUGGAUUGCAUUUGUGCCGGCGUACGUCAGCUCACCGGGGAAGUACACAGUGGCUGUGGAGAUUUUCGCCAUUUUGGCUUCCAGUUACGGCCUGUUGCUGUGUAUAUUCACCCCAAAAUGUUACAUCAUUCUGCUUAAACCUGAGAAAAAUACAAAAAAGAACAUGAUGACCAGAUAA